UGGCCGCACUCUGCUCCACUCCAGUUUCCACUACCUGCCAGUACGUUGCCCCAAAUUGAUCCUCUCUCUCAUUCCCAUGUCCCAACUCGACAGAGCCGGUGAUCAUUCAUCAAUGGCGUCGGGCACCAUUGUGGUCCAAACCAACUCUCCACGGGAGAUGGAUGCCCGGCUGCUAGCGCUGGUCUGCUCAGGCAGUUUCCAGGAUCUAGAAUCAUUCCUCGACGCACAAGACCACCAAGCAUCUUCCGCCGUCGGAGGGUCGGCGACAUGGCGGGCUUCCGGUGAAGACGGGGAAGCAUUUCUCAGAGAGUCGCUCCUGGACGGGAUCACCGUCGGAGGCGACACUGUUCUCCAUGUGGUCGCCACCAAUGGUGAUUCUGAGGAGUUCCUGAAGAAAGCUGGCCUCGUCCACAGGAAGGCGCAGAACCUCCUCUGUGCGCAGAACAAUGACGGAGAUACGCCGCUGCAUUGUGCUGCGCGGGAGGGGAACUUCGCCAUGGUGUCUCUUCUCAUUGAUCUUGCUAGAAGAGGCGAUGAUACCAAUGCCAACAGAGUGAAGGCGCUGCUGAGAACAGAAAACAAGAUCGAAUGGACAGCCUUGCAUGAGGCUAUCAAGUCUGUCCUCACUGGGCACGAUGAUAUGGUCGAGUUGCUCAUGAAGAAGGACCCGCAGUUGGCCAGUUUCCCGAAAGAUGGCACGUCGCCAUUGUACCUGGGCCAUCUUGGAGGGGAAGAGUUUCAUCGCGGAAACACUCUAUGAGUUGAGCGGCGGGGUGCUCUCAUACUCUGGACCAAAUGGACAAAAUGUACUGCACGCUACUGUUCUCCGAGGCGAAGAUCCUACGAAGAUGUUGGAAUGGAACAACGUCCUUGCAUUGCAAGGGGAUAACAACGGACAUACACCUCUUCACUUUGCCGCCACAACUGUUCCAGGGAAUCAGAAAAUACGUUCACAAGUACUGAAAGCCAAUGCAGAGGCAUUGUAUCAGCCAGACCACAAUGGAUCAUUCCCCGUACACAUGGCUGCAUCUGUCGGUGCAACAAGUGUAGUCAGUGAAUUUAUUGAAAAUACGCCCAAUUGUGCUGGUUUACGUGAUGCUAGGAAAAUGACAUUUCUUCAUGUUGCAGUUGAUAAUAAGAAAAUAUCAACAGUUAGUUAUGCUUGCAAGAACGGAACAUUAUCAUGGAUUUUUAAUAUGCAAGACAAGAAUGGGAACACUGCAGUACACCUAGCUGCCCAGGCUGGCAGUGUUAAAAUAUUUUGUUGUUUGUUCAGGAAUAGACAAGUACAAUUGAAUUUGACAAAUAAGAAAGGGGAGACUCCACUAGAUAUAGCGUAUCAAAAUAUUCCUAAAGGGCUGCAUGCUUACAUGCACAGUGAAGCAAGAAUACUCUCCUUACUUCAAUAUGCUGGUGC